UUACUCUGUUUAUUAUCAUCAAUGCGUCAGUUCUUCCAUGGAGUUAAAUCAUAGUUAAAUAGUUUCUUCCCCCGGUGAAGGCGAAAUCUAUAGACCGCAUCGCUCCCACCACAGCAAUUUCCGAGAUGUUGAAUGAUAGAUAAUGUAUCCAAAUUACAGCUUGUGGCGUGCGAACGGUAAAAAGAGCUCUGGAUUAGAUAUAAUGGAAAGGAUGCAUGCGAAUAGAUAGAUAGUAGAUAAUAGUGAUUCUUUAGCCAGCUUGAACUCCAAGAGCUCCGAAUAAGUAAAAGCCUCUGUCCUGUGCCUCUGUCUCUAAGAAGAAAAUCCUCGCAAAAUGAGAAAGAAAGUGGAAUAGUUCGACCAAAGAUAGAAGGACACAACGUCUCAUUCUGAAUCUAGAAAACUUGAAAAAAAUACAUAGCCGACUGUCUUAGGAGAAGUAAUAUUUCUGUUAUUUCUGGCGGGUAUUGGAAAGAGACAGGUUGCUGGAUGCUGUUCUAAAAAUGCUAGAGGAGGAAAACUGGAUCAUUGUCGCAAACAACGUAGACAAUAAUUAUAAAGGAAAAGGAGGAGGAGGAAAGACCGCAUAAUAUAGUCCUUAGGAGAAAAUGGGGGGAAAAAAUGUGAAAAGCAAGAGAGUUGUUGUGUUUUAGGUCGAAAUACGUGUAAAACAAGCAGCAGGAGUUUUAUGCGGUAAAUGUCCAGCACUACCAGUGCGUGUCCAUGAGCAUUUCUGAAAACGUGUAGAUAAAAAAAAGCAAAUUUCCUAUAAGUAAAUUACCCACUGCGCAGUUUUGAAUUCAGACGUGCUCUUUUACAUGACGCUAACUGACUGAUGCAUGAGCAUUUAAAAUUUAAACCAAAGUGAAUCAGUCUGCUGUAGUUAUUCAAUUCGAUGUCAAUGUGGCUGUAUAAACGAACAUCCCGCGUACCUGGGAGGCUGUGUACGUAUAAAGUGCUGUUUGGCUUUGGUUCCUAUUUCGGCGAAAUAUCAGGAUCCCAUUUUUAAAAGGCAGGUGACCGGUCGAGCGAGCGGGAUGGAUGCCUCCUCUGAGCACUAAAGCUCGCGAGUCGGGAAUUUCGAGUCGAGAUACAGUCUCGCGGUGGCACGGAUAGCGGCCGACCGCUUCGCUUACGCGUCCCGACUAUCGUUCAUUCAAGUCGAACGUCAGAACUUUACGCAUAACAUCGUCAAAAUAUUUAAUGUUUUGUUCUUAUUACUUCUCUUCUUGAUUUCAUUAUCAAGGACUUUACUUAUUUGUUGAUGUUUCGAGUAAAAUCGCUUAAUUUGAAUGUUUUAAUUUUGCGUCUUUAAAAUUGUGAAAGCAUCGAGUGCAUGCGAGUGCCGGAUCCUGUUGGACCUUCUCUGGUGGUGAACCAUGAUGGCUAAUGGAAUGCGGGAGAGCUUUUUGUGGGUGAUACAAAUGCUGAAAACAUGAAAACCUACCAUGAAAUGUUAGAAGAAGCAUAAGCACUAACACACUUCAUAGAAGUUAUAUUUGUGAUACAAUUAAAAUACUAGUUUAAAAUGAAUUUUAAAAUUAUAUCAUUACUUUUAACGUGGAAUUUCCUCCUUAUAACCGCCAAAAGAGACUCUUUGGAAGACGAUGAUUCCCGAGCUAGGGAAUUGAGGAACAAAGAAAACAACCGAAAUCGGACGACCUUCAAUGGAACUCUGACGGAUUUACCUGAAAGGAGAUAUUUGAGGCACAGGAAUAGUUCAAGAUACCGCGGUGACCGUCGACGAUUUUGGGAAAGGGAACACGAAGUACGGCGGGAUAGGAGAAGAGGUUCCGAACAUUCCUCAGAGGAGUACAUGUCUAAUCGAACUGAUCCAUACCACAAGAGGGAUGAAAAACCUCGCAAAACUGACAAGCAUUUGAACAAAAGUAAUACUGAUAAAGUAACAGAUAGAAGGAAAAUUGUGAAUCAAAAUAAAACACCCGAUAGAGCAUCCUCGGUUAGAGAGAAUACUACUAGGUUCAAACCUAAGACGACUAAUAAAUGGCAAUCCGGCGGGUUUAUUCCAUACCCUCAGCCAAGGGAGAAGAAGCCAAAUAUAAUUCUGAUAUUAACGGAUGAUCAGGAUGUGGAGCUGGGUAGCUUGAACUUCAUGCCUCGUACAAUGAAAGCUAUAAGAAGUGCUGGAGCGGAGUUUCGUCAUGCCUACACGACAACACCAAUGUGCUGUCCAUCUAGGAGCUCUCUCUUGACCGGUGUGUACGUUCACAAUCACAACGUGUACACCAACAAUGACAACUGUUCAUCACCAAUGUGGCAAGCAAAGCACGAGUCGAACACCUUUGCUACCUAUUUGUCCAACGCUGGAUAUCGCACUGGUUAUUUCGGCAAAUACUUGAACAAAUACAACGGCUCCUACAUCCCACCCGGUUGGCGCGAAUGGGGUGGACUCAUCAUGAACUCAAAAUAUUACAACUACAGUGUGAAUAUGAAUGGGAAGAGGAUUAAACAUGGCGAUGACUAUCAUAAGGAUUACUAUCCGGACCUUAUAGCUAACGACUCAAUAGCAUUCCUUCGAGCUUCCAAGCGAAGGUUCUCAAGGAAGCCUGUUCUUCUUGUGAUGUCCUUUCCUGCACCCCACGGACCUGAGGAUUCUGCUCCCCAGUACUCUCACCUCUUCUUUAACGUCACUACUCAUCACACCCCAACUUACGAUAUGGCCCCGAAUCCUGAUAAGCAGUGGAUCCUACGCGUGACUGAGAAGAUGAAACCAAUACAUCGUCAGUUCACUGAUUUAUUGAUGACUAAAAGAUUGCAAACCUUGCAGAGUGUGGACAUGGCUGUCGAACGUGUGUACCAGGAGCUCAAAGCGCUAGGCGAGCUAGAUAACACGUACCUCGUCUACACGUCGGACCACGGAUACCAUCUGGGUCAAUUUGGACUGGUUAAAGGCAAAAGCUUUCCCUUCGAGUUUGAUAUACGAGUGCCGUUUCUCGUUCGAGGACCUGGAGUUGAACCGGGGACUGUCGUGGAUGAUAUAGUACUCAACAUAGACUUAGCACCGACGUUUUUAGACAUGGGCGGAGUAGCAUCACCUGCGCACAUGGACGGAAGAUCUCUAUUGCCACUGUUGCAACCACGAAGACGAAGAGCAGCGGCUGCACAUUGGCCUGACACAUUUCUUGUUGAAAGUUCCGGUCGACGUGAAACUCAAGCACAUUUGAUGGAAGAACGUUUACGAGCUCAGAAAUAUUCUCGAGAGAUGAACGAGAAGAAAGCAACUGCGGCACCACCUCUAGAGUCAUCAUCAGAAAGUGGUGACUUUGACGAUGAUUCCGACGAUGACUUCCUAGAGCUCGAUGGUGACGAUGAUGAAGAAGACAAUGAAAGCGUUGAAGCUCACUAUGAAAUUAACAAGUCUUCAGAGCCGCUUAUAUCAAAUGAAAGUCACAAUCCUAUACUUGAAGCAAGUUUAGAAAAAGCUUUAGAAGGAGAGGAGACCGGAACCAAUAAUCAACUAAACCCUUAUCUUACCCCUUCAGAACUUGAAAGUAGUAUUAACGGAAAGGCAGCGCGUUUAGCGGUCGAGUGUUCCAAAGCAGAGUUGCGUGCUCCAUGCUCUGUUGGACGGAAAUGGAAAUGCGUUCUGGUUAACGGGCGAUGGCGAAAACACAAAUGCAAAUACGAGCCAGAUAUUGGCGUGCCGCAACCUAAAAUGAGUACAAAAAAAUGUGCUUGCUUCACUCCAAGUGGGCUCGUUUAUACAAGGCUGGAAACCGAUGGCACUAUCGCUAGACGACCUACCGAUUUACUAAAAGAAAAUAGUACUAGAAGUCGCAGGUCAAUUAAUAAUGACGUUUUUGAACCAAACACUGUAGACGGUAUUCUAGAAGAGAAUCCAAGUAUAGGACAUCUGAGCUUUAAAAAUGAACCUGUGGAUGAAUUGGAAAAGAGGAAUAUUGAAAACAACAUCGAUAAACUUAUUAAAGAAACUGAAGCAUUUCUUAAGGCCUAUGAACGCACCAAAGAUAAUAUAGAUCAUAAGAGAACUAAACGGCGCGCACAGCAUUGGAAUCAUAUUAAACAUAAACAAAAAACUGAUCCAAUGUUAAAUAACAAUGAAUCGUCAUUAGAAUGUAAGAUUGAAGAAAAUGGAACUGUGAAUUGUUCACAAGUAAUUUAUAAUGAUUUAAAAGCGUGGCAUACAAAUAGACUGAGUUUAGAAGACCAAAUAAGACAACUGAGAACAAAACUAGAAGACUUGAAAGAAAUUAAGAGGCAUUUAAAAAUUAGUAAACCUGCCGUUGAAGUACAAACUAUAGGCCCAUCAUAUACUUUUCAUAAUUUGGAUAACAAGACUGUAAUUCACAAUAACCAUACAAGAGAUAACUUCAGAAAAAAUAGAAUACACAGAAUAAAAUCGAAACACAGAAACAUUACUUCAUAUGAUAAAAAAUUUAGACACUCCAAUGAAUACAUUAUACCCACUGUUAAUGCUAAUACCAAAGAUGAUAUUUUCAAUACACAACUGAAGAAUGAAACAACCACAGAAACAGUGCUCAACUUUUUUAACAUUUCUGAUCAAACCGAAACUGCAACAAAUUAUACGGAAUCACCAAAAUUUCCAACCACUAUAGCAACCACUGAGGCCAAUUUCAUUGAACAAAAUACUAUAGACUACAAAGAUAUACAUUCAAGUAUAACAGAUGCUAUUAAUGACAUAACAACGACUGAAUUUUCAAAACUACGCGACGUUACAAGCACAAAGCCGACUAAAAGUAGUGAAACACCCACAAUUGAUACCAAAACAACAUCUGAUAUUUUAUCUACUUUACAUUUCUAUACGUCAGCAGCAGAUGAUAUUAUAUCAAGCCAUAAAUUUAAUCCAACGCCAACACCGCACCAUCAUAGUUCUAGACCUAAACAGACGGUAAGACAUAAAACUACUACUGCCACAUUAGGUCCAACAAGAUUCGAUGCUUCUGAGUACGAACAAAUAAAUCCUAACAAAGGAAACUCAAACAAUAAUGGCAUAUUCAGCAAGCCAUUCGACAUAUUUCAAAGAAGGCUUCACCCCUUGUUUAUUGAAAACGAAGAUAAACACGUGUGUUAUUGUGAGGAGAGUCGGAAAAUAAAACCUUCCGGUAACACUUAUUUGGAAACUGCACAAAAGUUGAGAGACGAGCGGAGAAAAUUAAAAGAACAAAGGCUAAGAAAGAAAUUGAGAAAAAUGAAGAAAAAGGCGGAACUGGAGAGGUUGUGCGAAUCUGAACGCAUGAACUGUUUCCGACAUGAUAACGACCACUGGCGUACUGCGCCGCUAUGGACAGCCGGACCCUUCUGCUUUUGUAUGAGCUCCUCCAACAAUACAUACAACUGCGUGAGAACUAUCAACGCCACUCACAAUCUUCUUUACUGUGAAUUUGUUACUGGAUUAGUCACGUAUUACAACUUACGAAUUGAUCCGUUCGAGACACAAAACAGGAUGAAACAUCUAACAGCAUCAGAAAAAGACUAUUUUCACAAUCAGUUGCAACAGCUGCUGAACUGUCGCGGACCAUCUUGCAGGCGAUUCUCUCAUUCUAAUCCAGGUGGUGGCAAUGACGACAUGAGCAGACGAUAUGAAGAUGACCAUAUGAUGUACAGAGGCGAACCAGCAGGGUAUAGUGAAAGAGCCUGGCGAUGGAGUGGUUAUGGUCGUCGAUAUGCGAGAGCCAGGGAGUUGCAUCGACGUCGACACACGAUGGCGUUCUAGUCGAUUUAAAUUAACCUUUUAGGAGUUUUAUUGUGAAAAAGAAAAAAAGAUCAUUGGCACCCAAAGAUCAACAAGAAGAUAAAAAAUGGGUGGUCGGCAAAAAUCUCAAAGAACUGAUGUUUCUGUUAUAGAAAACUAAUUCAAAUGAGGAUAAUAACCAUAAGUUGUUAUUAGAAACAAGGCCAUAACUAGAAAGAAAUAUUCGACGGACUAUGAUUGUUCUUGAUAAAUAUUAAUUAAUUAGGUAAAAUCAUAAGUAUUUUUAAAAUUGGUUCGCAAUUUCCCUAGUCGAUAGUUUCAUGAUGAAUUCGUGUUAUUAUUUAUUUUCUUUAGAUGUUUUUCAAAUUAAGUCUAUUCCGUUCAGUAGGGUGAUUCAGAACACUUCGAUUCGGUAAGUUAUCUUUCGAUAAGAUGUAGUUUUCAUUGAAAAAUACAUCUUAUCGAACGAUAACUUACCGAAUCGAGUGUUAUGAAUCGCCCAGCAGGGCUGUUAGUUGGAUUGCAAUACGAACAAUCGGUGGGGAAAAGGCCAGUCUGUUCGACCGCUCGGUCGAAAUGAUCGAGAGAAAUAUUAGGCAUUCGAUCUCUUAGACCGAGUUAUCGAACAGACCCGACUUUUUUUAGAUAGUUCGGUCAAUAGAACUAACCGUCUAACAGCAUGAAAUAGACCUCUACACUGGCUACAGCCUCCAUUAGAAUGAGAAAUUACAUCGAAUCUUGUAGGGCUUCCUAUAAUCAAACUUUAUCAAUGUCAUGUUUAAUAGGCCUACGGUAUAUACGUAUUUAUAAUAUUAUAAUAAAAAAUAGCUUUAUAUAGACGAAACUCUACUAUUGUUGUACAGUAGUACCUAUAACGAAUAUGUUCUGGUUGUUUAUCUAUGAUAAAAUUAGCAGAUUGAUUUACAUAAUAUAGGUAAUGUAUCUACCACAUCAAGACUUUUAUACUUCUUGCAUUUUCGUAGUCGGUUAUAAAAAGUAUAAUCUCCAAUCUGUAAUAGUCACUUAGAAGGUUAUAUCUAAGGAGAAGUCUUCCUACCUUUGGACAUGUUUGUACAUUGUAGACAUUUGCAAAUUGCGUCGCUACCGUCAAGUAUUAUUUGUAAAAUAGUCCUAACUAAUUUUAAUACUAACAGGGACCGAAAACUUUGGUGUUUUUUUUUUGUAACUAAUUUAUUAUCAUAAUCAAUAGUCAAUAACAAGUUAUCACUGACAUGUAUUGUUUAUGUUAUAUGUAUUAGAUAAUAGAUUAUCUUAAAGAA